AUGACUUGCUACCGAGGCUUCCUGCUGUGCAGCUGCCGUUGCGUGGCGGGGAGCCGGGCGGCCGCAACAGCGCGGCGGUGCCCCUUGGGGGGGGUUCCGGCGGAGAGCGCGGGGCCGCGGGUUGGCGGCGUUGGGGGCGGGGGCUGGCGGCACCUGGGGCACGGGCGGCACGGCCAAGCCCGCGAGCUGGAGGGAGGCGGCGGCGGCUGCCCUGCGGGCGGGUUCCGCCCGGCCCGGGUCGUGGUCGUGGCCAAGACCACCCGCUACGAGUUCGAGCAGCAGCGGUACCGCUACGCGGAGCUCUCGGAGGAGGACCUGAAGCAGCUGCUUGCACUAAAAGGAUCCAGCUACAAUGGAUUACUUGAGCGACAUCAUAUUCAUACCAGGAAUGUAGAGCAUAUUCUGGAUAGUUUACGGAAUGAGGGAAUUGAAGUUCGUUUGGUGAAGAGGAGAGAAUAUGACGAAGAGACUGUUCGAUGGGCAGAUGCUGUUAUAGCUGCAGGAGGUGAUGGCACAAUGCUGCUGGCAGCCAGUAAGGUCUUGGACAGGUUUAAACCAGUUAUCGGAGUAAACACUGAUCCAGAACGGUCUGAGGGUCAUUUAUGUCUGCCUGUGCGCUAUACACACUCCUUUCCAGAAGCACUACAGAAGCUUUAUCGUGGUGAGUUCAGGUGGCUAUGGAGACAGCGAAUCAGGUUAUACCUUGAAGGAACUGGAAUAAACCCAAUUCCUGUAGAUCUCCAUGAACAGCAGCUGAGUUUGGAUCAACACAGCAAGGCCCUCAACAGUACAAGAAUCCAUGAUCAGAUGAUACUCAGCAGCCUUGGAGCAGAAACACAGAAAUCGGAUGGUGGGGGUUACCCAGGAAUGAGGAUUCGCAGCUCGGGAGCAGUGGAAGGAUCUGAGGUUUCUGGGCCACAACUUUUGCCAGUGAGAGCACUAAAUGAAGUCUUCAUUGGGGAGAGUCUGUCAUCCAGAAUGUCUCAUUCUUGGGCUGUCGCUGUGGACAGUGUAAGAAGAGGUAUAACCACUCUAAAGGGACUGGUGAACUAUAAAUCCUGCAAACCCAGUUUUACAUUUUCAAUUCAUAGGGCCUCCUACUAUGAAAUCUCAGUUGAUGAUGGUCCCUGGGAAAAACAGAAGAGUUCAGGACUCAAUUUGUGUACUGGGACAGGAUCAAAAGCCUGGUCAUAUAAUAUUAACAGGGUCGCAACACAAGCUGUAGAAGAUGUUUUAAAGAUUGCUAAACAGCAAGCAAACCUGGAUCUUCCAUUGAAUAAGGAAUUAGUUGAGAAAGUAACAAAUGAGUAUAAUGAAUCUUUAUUGUAUAGUCCGGAAGAGCCAAAGAUGCUUUUCAGCAUUCGAGAACCUAUAGCAAAUCGCAUAUUCUCAAGUAGUCGUCAGCGUUGUUUCUCUUCAAAGGUUUGUGUUCGUUCUCGUUGUUGGGAUGCCUGUAUGGUUAUAGAUGGAGGAACUUCUUUUGAGUUUAAUGAUGGAGCAAUAGCUUCAAUAAUGAUCAAUAGAGAUGAUGCACUUCGAACUGUGCUACUAGAGCAAUGAAGGACUUACUCACUGGACAAUAAAUUCUGAUCACCCCAAGAAAAAUAUUUUAAUUGCAGAGACAGACUGCAUGUCAUAGCACUGCAUUUUAAAAAAUUGUUGAUGACUGUUCCUUAAAAUUUGGAUACACAGCCAACUCUGAAAUUUGGGAGAUCUUGAGAGAACCUCUGUGGUUGAGAAAGCUUGAGAAAAAGUAUUGCCUAAGAAAAUGGAUGGACUAAAAUCACAUGGAGAUCUUAGAAUUGGUGCCAGCUGUAUAACCUACAGAUGUUUUUAAGUGAUAGUACCUUUAAAUUUAAAGAGGUAGGUUCAAAGAAAAGAUUAAAUGUAUAUUAAAUUAACUAUAAUAGGGUCCCUUCACCUCUAUCCUUAUCCCCACUCCCUCCAAUAGUAUUCGAGGAUUGUUCAAACCAAACAUACUUACCACUCAUGAACAUUUUUUUUUUACAGAGAAACAACUUGAAUGUUAAGAUUUAUUGUUCUGAUGAUGAUUAUAGAUAAUUUUUAUAAAUCCUGACACUGACCUGUUUGAAAUAGGUUUUUUAUAUGUACUUUUAAGAAUUUUAUAAUUUCAGAACAUGGUGAUGAUAAUGCCUUAUUUUUUUUAUCUUCAGUGAUUUAAGGCCAAUGUGAAAUUUAAGCCUUUUUCCUUUUCUGUCCCACAUUUCCUCUCAUCUUUUAAAAACUUUACAAGAACCCUUUCACUUACAUCUUGAUUCAGGUCAUGCUGUUCACUUGUGGUUGAAAUGCAUUUAUCUGGAGAAAAUCAUGCUGCUAUUAUAAACUUUCUAACUGCUCAAAAAUUGUCUUGAUACUGAAUCAAAGACUUUUAAAUAUGUGAUCAUUGGAGUAGGUAAUCUCUAAGGUUCCUUUCAGUUCUACAAUUCCAUGAUGAUGUGAUAAUAAAAUGAAGUUAUAUCUGCAUAAUCUGAAUUUACUUUAACCUUAAGAAAAACCAUUUACUGUUUGAAUCUACUGGUUGAGUACAGUAUCUGAAAGAAAGUCAACAUAAAAAUUAAUGAAAUAUUUGUGUUCAUUCUAUUUUGAAUGCCUUGGUUAUAGUUUUAUUAUUUUCUAGAGUUUUCAUCUGAUUUACUGCAAGCUUCCCUAGCUGCAUUGAUGUGUAUGUUAUGACUGCUUUUUUUCUUACAUUAUGAAUUAGAUGAAAAUUUGUGAAUAAAAAUACAAGAAAAUC